UGACGAGCAAAACAAACCGACACACACUCAGAUCAAAUUUCAAUAUGCUAAUAUCCCCCUCCAAAAAAACAGAAGAAAUGAGACUCCUUUUGUAGCCUUUUGGCAUUUUUGGAAUGCAAAUUAACGCUCGAGAUGGGACUCAAAUGAAAAAUGCUUCUGGCCAGUAUAGAAUAUUGAUGUUAUCCCCAACUAGACCAGUUAGUUGGCAUCGUUGUGUGGUUAUCAAUAUGGCCAAUAUUCCGAUUCAUAACACAUCCAUACAACAUCCAUACACACCAGCUGAGAUACAAAGAGCUACAGACUCGCAUAUUGUAUCUGCAUUUAUGAAAAUGCCAAAGCUGGGGGUGGGGUCAAAAACGGCAGCUGAAACUAUCAAAAUGCAUGCCAAGAGGCAAACAACAAAAGCAGCCAACACGAGCUGCCGCAACAUGGCAAACAUGAAACCGAAACCGAAAACUGUAACUAAAACUGUGGGCAAAAUCACCACCUCCCAUGCCACCACCCACCAAAGUGCUUACUCUAGGCAGCCAAAAUUGAAAACAAAAAAAAAACAAGAACGGGCGAAAUUUGCAUGCAUAUUUACAAACUUUCGUUCGGGAAAGUCAGAAUGAUGGGGAUACAGUCGGAAAAUAGAAUAGCGACAAAGUAGAAAAUUCUCUGAAUUUUUAGGUGCCAGGAAAAUCGUAUUAAAAUCUAUGGCUUGCAGAGAAUUUUUCAUGAAAUUUUGAAGAAUUUUAUUAAUUCUUUGAAGAUUUUAAA